AUGAAAGUUUUUCUAGCUGCUGCUCUAAUUGCUGCCGUUGCGGCUACGGCUUCUGCUGACUCGAUGGGCAACCCCGAUAGCCUGCUCGGCCCGCCGAAGAAUCCGGUUGAAGAGUUGUUUGAUUCGGGUGGCAGCAGCUCGACGGUAUCGCUGGGUGCCCUCACUGGAUCAUCCGGGAGCGGUAAGAGCAAGUCCAAGAGUGGAUCUAAAGACGACGAGUCGAAAGAAGAAGAGUCUGAAGACGAAGCUGGUGGCGCGAGCGAGAAGACCGAGAGUGGAUCAAAAGAAGAAGAGUCUGAAUACGAAGCUGGUGGUGCGAGCGAGAAGACCGAGACUGGGACCGAGUCGGGGAAGCUGGAUGAGGUUGGCAAGAGCGGAAUAAGUGAGACCGAGACGGGUGGACCAAGUGAGACCAAGACGGGUGGACCAAGUGAGACCGAGACGGGUGGACCAAGUGAGACCGAGACGGGUGGACCAAGUGAGACCGAGACGGGUAAACCAAGUGAGACCGAGACGGGUGGACCAAGUGAGACCGAGACGGGUGGACCAAGUGAGACCGAGACGGGUAAACCAAGUGAGACCGAGACGGGUGGACCAAGUGAGACCGAGACGGGUAAACCAAGUGAGACCGAGACGGGUAAACCAAGUGAGACCGAGACGGGUGGACCAAGUGAGACCGAGACGGGUGGACCAAGUGAGACCGAGACGGGUGGACCAAGUGGUAGCAUAACCGGCGAACCAAGUGAGGCUGAUGCUGGUGGACUAAAAGACGCGCUUGGUCUUGACGUUAGCGAAACGUCGUCGAGCGAAGGCGCCCCGAUUGGCGGCUUGGGUGACUUAGGCGGCUUGGGCGGCUUGGGCGAGUUGACUCCUUACGACGGAGGCAAGCCGACUGAUGGUCUCGGCUCGGACAAACGUGCUUCGUCUCAUACGGCAUGCCGCCGUCGCCUCCGUGCUUAA